CGGAGAGAGACGGACUGAGGGGAAAGACCAACUGGACCGUCGCCACAGCUCGUUUUAAAGUCCGCCGCGGUCGAUCCGAGAGUCGAGAAGAUGCCGGUGUGUACCAUCGUGGAGAAGUGUAACGGCGUGCUGGCGGGAGCCGAGCUGUCCUGCAGCGUCCGGGAGGAGAACAAGGCCCAGAGGGAGAGCUACUGCGCCGACUGGAAGAGCAUCAGCCUCAAGACUCAACCCGAGCAACGGAAGACGAUGAACAUGAACGACGUCUCCCGCAAGGAGACCCUCAGCCGGCAGUGGAAGGCCUCCCCCCUAACCCAGUGGUGCCCGUCCGGCGUCCUCCGCGUGGGCACCGUGGAGCGCGGCGUGAGGGAGCACCAGCUGCUGCCCAAGCGCCACACCCUGCCCCUGCCCAUCUUCACCCCCGCCGAGCUGGGCGUCCGGCUGGGCCGCGGCGGCCCCCACGCCCCCGAGGACUUGCGGCCCUUCCCGACGGCGGACGGCGCCUGCCCCGACAAGAGGAGCGUGGGCGAGAUCACGCGGGACCUACCCCCCGUCAAGCCCGCCCUCAUGGAGUUCUCCAAAGCCCCCAAAGCCCCCAAAGCCCUGGGGCGCUCCAUGUCCCAGGAGGCCCAGAGAGGGUGAAACAAAUAUGGACGACGGGGCGGAUGAUGGACGUGCAUGCACUUUUCGAAAUCCCUUUGACCCUCUUGUUUUGUUUCGGUUUCAGAUUUUUAGCACUGUUGUAGGCCAGCACAACAAACAAAAAGUUGGUUCUCUUCUUUAUGGGAUGGAGGGUAAUUUUAUUAUAUAAUCGUACGUAUCAAAUGCACUUUAUUGAUCGUGUCAAUGACACAAGUGGCGAAAAGCAGAGGAAGGAAGCGUCAAACUGAGCAGACAUUUGACAUUUUUACAAAACCAACACGUCAUAAAAAGUACACAUAGGGUAAUAAAAGAAGGUUGUGUGGUGGUAGUGGAGGAACAUUUAAUAAUUCCACCUUUUGCUAUAUUUUGCUGGCCUGGGAUGGAUGGAAAAAGAUACAAUAUUUCAACCAAAUAAUCAUUUUUUGCUCCUAUUGGACAUGGUUGUGCUCUUACUGAGAUGGAAAAACAUCAAGUGUAAGAUGGACGGAAGCGUAUUGUAAGUGGUUAUGAAAACAUUCGCGCAUGAUAUAGUGUACAUAUAUACAGUACUUAUGUAUUUUUUAGUGUGUGUUGUUACAUCGAGAUGUUCUUUAAUAUUAGCUGUGAUUAUAAAUGUACAUGUUUGAAAUUGUGUUUUUAAUAAUAAAAUCAG